UUUAUUAAAAAUGGACAAGCUCUUAGCAUAUUCAGACGACUCGUCAGAAGAUCAGCUCAAGGACACCAAGCCUAAGGAUCAAAAGCAAGACAAUGCCACUUCGGUUGAUCCAAAAGCUGCCCAAAAUAAUGAAGAAUUCCAAGAUCUGAAUGACUUGAUCAAUGAAGAAGGGCUUGGCAUUGACCACGACCUUGACAUCUCUGACCUCCAAAAGGCCCAAAUGAACAGAAAGAAGAAUAAGUUCUACACUAGUAAUGAAGUGUCGACCAGGAAGAACCAUACAUCUGGUCAUGUAGAAGAGUACCACCUCAGCUCAGCCAAAUUCGAUGAGCAGUUUUACACAUUCGAAAACUUUGGGCAUGCCCAAGACCCAACGAUCAACAGAGGAGGAGGCACAGUCAAUGCUGAAGGAUACAGAAAAGUUGACUACCAAAAGGAUGCCCAUGGUCCUAAGUCUAAAACAACCAUUGAUUAUAAAAAGGAGCUCAGGAAAUAAGAGGAAAAGAGAAGGUGAAGCAGGCCAAGAAGAUUUCCUCGGUCCAUGGGCUUUCUACCAAGGAGAAGAAGACUUCAGAGAGCAGAAAGUAAUUAAGACAGAAUUACAGAAGAAGACUGAAGAGACUCAUGAAAAUAGACGCCAAGAAAAGUUAGAAGAGAAGCAAAGAGAAGAAGCUUUAGAGUACCAACAGAAAGUUGAGUCUGAAGAAGAGGAGGAAAAAGAAGUUGAAGAAAAGCCUGCUGUAAGAAGUUAUUCCAUUCUACAUCUUAAGAACAAAGGUGAGGAAGGAAAGUCUUUCCUUGCCCCUCCCUCUGGAAUUGAGACAGGCUCUCAUGAAUGAUUUAUUCCAAAGAAAUGGACACAUACUUAUUCAGGACACUCUAAAGGAGUGCAGUGCAUAAAAUUCUUUCCGAAAUAUGGUCACUAUCUCUUUUCAGCAUCUCAUGAUGGAAGAGUAAAACUUUGGGAUGUCAUGACUCAUAAAAAGUGCGUGAGGACCUAUAUUGGUCAUACUGAGUCUGUCAGAGACAUUUCCCUGACUAACAAUGGGAGACACUUUAUAUCAGCAGGGUAUGAUAAGUAUGUCCAGCACUGGGACACAGAGUCUGGAAAAGUGAUUCACUCUUACAAUAUCAAGAGUAUUCCCUUCUGAUGUACCUUUCAUCCCUCUGGUGACCAACAAAAUAUUUUCCUUGUGGGAAGCCAGAACAAGAAGAUUCUCCAGUUUGACUCAAGAACUGCUCAAGGUGUUCAGAAAUAUGAAGAGCAUCUUGGAAGUAUCAACACUGUCACCUUCGUUGAGGACUACAAAAGAUUUGUGUCCACAGCUGAUGACAAGAAGAUCUUUGUGUGGGAGUUUGGAAUCCCUAUAGUCGUCAAGCAUAUCUCUGAACCAGAUAUGCAUGCUAUUCCUUCAGCCACAUUACAUCCCAAUAGGAAGUACUUCGCCGGUCAAUCCAUGGACAACAAGGUUGUCAUCUACGACUGCAAAGGAAGCUUUAAGAUAAACAGGAAGAAAAAGUUUGCUGGGCAUAAAAACGCAGGAUAUGCCUGUGGACUAUCAUUUAGUCCAAACGGACAAUUCUUAUCAAGUGGAGAUUCAGACGGCAAGCUCUGGUUCUGGGAUUGGAAGAGUGGAAGAAAUUACAGAACAAUCAAGGCUCAUGACAAAGUCUGCAUCGAUGUUGCCUGGCAUCCUAUUGACCCAAGUAAAGUAGCUACAUGCAGUUGGGAUGGGACAAUUAAAAUUUGGGACUAAUAUAUUCAAUGUACUUAAAUAAAAAAG